GACUUCGUCGAGGAGAAGGCGUUUGCAAACCUGCUCCUCAACAAGGAGGGGACCGGUGAAGCGAAGAAGGAUCGCGGCAUCGACCCUCACGCCUAUGAGAAGGGCAAGUGGUAUCGCUUCUUGAACUACAAGGGCGACUGCUACGUGUACGUGCACAACCACACGCGCGACAUCACGGCCACGAGGCCAGAGAACUUCGCCGAGCUGACCGAGGAGGAGCAAGUUGAGCAGUUUGGAGUUUAA